CUAACUCGUUUUGUUUAGUCAUAUCUUGUGAUUCCACAGAUGAACAUAAGACAAAUGACAUGGCAAACAUAAUUGGCUUUGCACGCACGCCAUUCGUCCCUAUUUUGGGUGCCUUUGCACAGGAAUCUAGCACUUCACUAGGCAUCAGUGCAGUCAAAGGUGCUAUCAGUAAAGGAAUCGUUAACGCAAAUGCAAUCGAUACACUAGUGCUAUCACAAGUUAUUACCGGUGGGACUGGUCCUUCACCAUCUAGGCAGAUUUCAAAAGGAGCUGGCCUUCCAAACACAACAAAAUGUAUGCAAAUAAACCACUUGUGCACUUCUGGGUUGAAAAGUGUUACAAUUGCUACUGAUGGAAUCGCAUUGGGCAAAUCGCAACUCACGGCAGUGGUGGGUGUGGAAAGCUCGUCGCAGUCACCGUACCUAUUAACAAAAGCGAGAGAGGGUGGAUAUGGACUGGGUGAUGGUGUCCUAGUAGACCCCCUAACCAGUGACGGGUUUUCCUCGCCUUGCAUGGAUCCUGAUACAUUCCUUAAACACGUUAAGAUAACAAACGCGGAAUUGUCACAAUAUGUUCAAGAGAUGUUUCAACAAACAGCUGCAUGUUACAGUGACGGUAUAAUGCAGAAUGAGAUAAUUCCUGUCGUGGUGAAUCGCAAGAAUAAUCACAAGUAUGGCGGGUUAUGGAUAACUCCGCCACAGCAAAAAGUAUCGGAAGAUAUACUACCCAAAUUGCACAACCCCAAGAAUCUUUCUGGUAGUAUAAAAACAAUAUGUACCUUGGCUGAUGGUGCUGCAUGUUUACUACUGGCAAAUGACGAUUUCGUGAAUCGGCUGGGUAUAUCACCAUACGCACGUAUACUUAGUUACUGUGAAGAGAGUGUCGAUGGGUCUCAGUUUCCAAAGGCACUGGUCGGCGUCAUCAAGAAGAUUAUUGCCGAAGUGAAUCACAGGGUCGACCUAUAUGACAUAAUGGAUCAGUAUGCUCUCUUGUCGGUAUACGCAUCUAGGAAUCUGGAUAUAGAUCAUUCCCGUAUAAACACAAAUGGCAGCACGAUUGCAAUCGGGCACCCAAUGGGCGCCACUGGAAUACGCCAGACAAUAUCUUUGGUAACUGCUUUACGAGCACGUCAACUACGCUACGGCUGCGUAGCUGGUACCAAUCUGUCGGGUGAUGCGAUAGCCAUGCUGAUAGAGGUUUGCUAAACAGGGUCUA